AUGGCCGCUUCAGCUGAUAUUUCCACCUCAGAAUUGAGGAUUGUGUUGAUAGGAGGAAGAUACGAUGACCUUUCCAGUGGUAAAAGCUCAGCUGGAAACAUCAUCCUGGGUCACAAUGUUUUUGACACCAGCAGAAGAACAGCUCAGAGUGAAGCGAGGCAGCAGGAAGUACUCGGCAGACGACUCACAGUGAUUGAUACUCCAGGAUGGUGGUGGACUUUUUCAAGAGAAGAAACCCUAAAACUGGAUCAGAUAGAAAUCCAGAAUAGUGUCCAUCUGUGUCCCCCAGGACCUCAUGUCUUUCUUCUGGUCAUUCCUCUUGGUUCACAUUUAUCUCAACUUAUUAAACUAUCUCUAGAGGAACACCUGGAACUUUUCAAAGCAGAUGUUUUCAGUCACACCAUCGUGCUGUUCACUGCAGUCCAUCCAUGUAGUGAUGAAACCAUUAAAUCUAAAAUCAGAAGAAGUCCAGACCUGCAGUGGAUCCUUCAACAAUGUGGAAACAGAAAACAUGUUCUCAACAUCAGCAACAGAGAAGAUAGAGAUCAAGUCAAGAUGCUUCUAGAGAAAAUUGAGGCGAUGAUUGAACAGAACAGGGGCAGACACUGUUCUGUUGAUGAAUCUGAUGGAAAUGCUCUGAGAGAGAGACUGAAAGAUUUGGUUAAAAAAGCCUCAAAAAGGUUUGAUGAAGUUCAGAAACAAAGAAGAAACCUGAAGCUACAGAUUGAAGGUGGAAAAGUUCCUCCAAACCAUUUGAGAAUAUUGAUGAUUGGUGAUUCAUGGGCUGCAAAGAGCUCAGCAGGAAACAUCAUUCUAGGAAAAAAUGAAUUUGGUGUUAAUGAAAGUGUUAGAAGAAAAACAACAGUCAGUGAAAUCAGCCACAGUGUGGUUGAAGGAAGGCGGCUCACAGUGGUGGAUUCUCCUGGAUGGUUCUUCAUCCACACCCUUCAGGACACCAGUGAGAUGGACAAACUGGAAAUAGAGAACAGUGUGAAUCUCUGUCCUCCAGGACCACAUGCUGUGCUGCUGGUUAUUCCUCUGAUGGUCAACAUGGAUCCAUCAUAUUUGAGAUCUGUCCAGGAUCACAUGAGUCUGUUUAGAGAAGAAAUCUGGAAACACACACUGGUUCUGUUUACCUUUGGUGACUGGUUAGGAGUGAAGACUGUGGAGGAGUAUAUAGAGAGUGAUGAAGGUCUGCAGUGGAUAGUGAACAAGUGUGGGAACAGGUAUCAUGUUCUGAACAACAAGGACCACAGUGAUAAGACUCAGGUAAAGGAGCUCAUUGAGAAGAUUGAAGAGAUGUGGGCAGGAAAUGAAGAUCCUCAUUAUGAAGUGGACCUGGACCGAGCAGCACAGAUAGAAGCCAAGAUGGAGGCUGCAGACAAGAAAGCCAGAAGGUUGAAGAAGAUCAACGAGACACAGUCAAGAGUCCUGAAAGAGGUUUAUGAAGCUGAGAGAGAUCCAGUCACUGACAUCAGGAUUGUUCUGGUUGGACAGAAAUGUUCAGGAAAGAGUUCAGCAGGAAAUCUGAUCCUUUUCAAGAGGAAAUUUAACAGAACCUUUGAUAAAGCUUGGUUGGAAAAGAGCUAUGAAGAUCAGAGAACAUCUGCAACAUGUGAGAAACAUGAAGGAGACUUUGAUGGAGUAAAAGUCUCAGUGGUUGAAACACCAGGCUGGUUCUCAGACCCAACACCACCUGACUGGAUCAAAGAUGAAGUUCUCCACAGUGUCUCCAUGUUUUCUCCUGGACCUCAUGUUUUUCUCCUGGUCGUUCCAAUCUUCAGAGCUUUCACUGAGAAAGAUCUCAAAGCUCUGGUUGAGGUCCGGAUGCCAUUAACAGAGAGAGUGUGGAGACACUGCAUGGUGCUGUUUACCUGGGGAGACUGGCUCAAUGGCCUCCCUGUAGAGAACUACAUCGUCAGAGAGGGCAAGGAGCUCCAGGAGCUUCUGGAGAAGUGUGGGAACAGAUACCAUGUUCUCAGCAGCUUUAAUUAUAAUGAUCCUGUUCAAGUCAAAGAGCUUUUCCAAAAAAUUAUCAACAUGGUAAAACAGAACAAAGGAUGCUUCACAACUGAAGGAAGAAAACCUCAGCAAGGAAAACAACGUAUCCUGACAGAAGAGGAGUGGAGAAGACGGGAGCAGGAGCUGAUGGAGAGAAUGAGGAAAGCUUUAGCAAAGAAACCAGAGAAACCAACAGUGCCCUCUGUGGAGUUGGCAGAGAGCAAGGAUGACUUUUACAUUCCAGGCAUGAGCGGAGAUAUUUCCUCAGAAAAUGGGAGCAUUUCAGAGAUUAGGAACCAACGAGGUCAUAACAACGUUGCUGAAUGGCUGACUAAGAGAGUGAGACCAUCUGAGAUCAGCUCUGGGAUUGGCAGCAUUUGUUCCUCAGUCAGUUAUAUGGAGAAACAUGAUGAAGAUCUUCAAUAGAUUAAAAUCAUCCAAAGAUGAGUUCAUUCUCACAGAGAAUAAAGAUCCUCUGAACAUUUUCUACAAUCCUUCAACUAAACACAGGAACUCUUGUUCAACCAAAAAGCUACAGCAGAAAAAUGAU